CCCAUGUGGUGUGUUAGACGUUAGUGCAAGAACAGGCUCUCCUCGCGAGUUGAUUUCUUGGUGUUCUCCGCGGUUCGACGAUCGCCUUUGUAAAUUUUAAGAGAUAUUUACACGGCGGUGUCUACCAUCUGUGCGGGCACCAUGGCAGAUCUGGAUGACUUCUUCGCAAAAAAGGACCGCAAAAAGGCGAAGGGCAAGAAGUUCGCGACCACGGACGAGAUCGCCAAGAAACUCGAGGAGACCGGCAAGCGAACGGAUAAGCCAAAACCGAAGGAGAAAUCCAAUCAGGAGGGCGAGGAGACCCAGCAAGUCGAGGCUGAAGAUGAAUGGAGAGAUUUUGAGGAAGAGAAGAAGGAUUAUACUGGAUUGAAAAUUGGAAAUUUGACCGUGAACGAGACGGCAGAUGCCGAAACAGAUGACGAAAGGGGGAUGGGAGAUAAUUGUUCCGACGGGGAAGCAGGAGAAGCUGGUUCGAAGAAUAGUGGUCCAUGGAAAAAGCCUGAACUGCCACCGCCUCAGCAACAAGUCGAAGUCGAAGUUGAGAAACCCCCGCCACAGCAGCAGCCAGCCGCAACAGGAGGAAGCAGCUAUAAGGCACCGUGCUUUAGGAAUUCUCAAAUGUCUGCCACUCCUCGCCAAAGAGGAAAGAACAUUGCACCCGAUAUUAAUAGUGAAGAGUACUUCCCGACAUUAAGCGCAAAACAGCAGCAACAGCAGCAGGCAGCAGAAUCGGUUGGUCCUUGGGGCAGGCGGAAGCGAGAAGAGGGCAGCUUUGAAGAGGUUCGUAACCGAGGCAGCAGUAGAGGUUACAGUGUGCAGGACUCACAGGUGCAAGUGCCGAAACUUUCAUUGGGUAACAAGUACGGUGCUCUCUCACAAGAUCAGAGCUGAAAGCAAGAUUCCUAGCAUCGAGCGAACGACGAACAAUCAGUACGCCGUAAUCGCUUCGCCCCGUUUCGCGGCCCAGUCUCGCUGCAGAUUGUAUAUCGUAAAUUAACGUGGAUGCGUGCUUCGCGUUGCAAGGUUUUCCAGAGCUCAACUAGAGUUGUCCAAGUUGGAUUUAGCGACCCAGAGUGAAGUUCCAUGAGCCUGUUGAGGACCUCGCAGGACGGUGAUACCGCAUUGAGCAAAGAGAUUGUCUGCAUAAAAAAUCCUGUGUGUUUGUACCUAACUGCGAUACCUGCGGAGCAAACGAAUUUGCCUUGAGCUUCUGUCGAUGUGUACGGGAUCGAUUUUUUAAAAACUGGAGGAGCUGACGGUCGCGACGGCGGAAUUUUUACUCCCUUUGGUAUCUCUUUUGCGCCAAUAGGACUUUACAUACGGUACGUCUGUAACUUUCGAAAAAGUGAGAAGUGACGAAAUGGAGAUUGACCCUCACGUCUUGUCUGGCUUCUUACUCUUAAGAAACUUUCAGAUAUUGUGCUAUAUUGAAUGGACGGAACUAUGGAAAGGAUCUACGAUGAUUUAAUUACCAGAUGAACAUUUUAUAGGACGCUUCGUAAACGAGAGAUCUCCAGAGACUUAUUUGAAUUGAACAAACCACAUUGAUGGGCUGCGUUUUUCUUUUUUCUUUUCUUCUAAAUUUUGAGUGCGCAGUACUUUACCUGUAGGUAGCGUUAAUGGUGAUUAGCAUUAUGUAUCUUUUUUAAUUUAAAAAAAACGCGUAAAGUGAGCAUGUGAUAAGAUUCUAAUACAACAAUCAGUGGAGUACAUCUUAUUUACCUAUUUCUUUUCUAUUAAAUCUUAAUACGAGUAAGCGAAAGGACUAUCAUACGCUGUUAUAAAGGAUUGUAACUAGUCAACGUUGAUUUUGGGUGAUCAAUGAGUGGGAAUUAUAUGAAAGCUUCGAAGGCUGUUCGAAGGAACACUACCUGGAGAUCUCUUUUUGUUGACUAUUACGCAGGUCGUUUUCUUGAUGUAUGUUACGGGCUAUUGAAUGGUGCUACGCAAUUUUGCACACGAUUCCCAGACGUACAUAAGUUUCAAGCCAAUAAAACAAUGAUGAAACGCAUUUAAGAAAAAAAAAAAAAAAAAAAAGAGAUUAGUUUUCCUUAAAGUUGUGCAUUGCUCUUUGGGUCUCCUGUCGACGUGAGAAAGAUGAUUUUAAAAGGUUUUCUAGUUAAAGUGAAAAUGCCUGUAUCGAUGCACAGUAGAGCAACAUUUAUUCCGAGGCUGGGCUUCGGAACGAUGUGUGAACUGAGAAAUCAUCGUUGCGAAAAUAUUGAAAUGAUUUAUAUCGGUCGUACUGAAUGAUAACUACAAAAUCAUAACUUAUAUUAAUGACGUUGAAAGAAAGAAGUCGAGGAAACACGAGAUGGAGAUUGAUUUUAUGCAGAAAAUCCUCUCGAGAAACGCUACGAUAAGGAAUGGCUAUUAGAAAGUUUGCAUAAUCUUGCAUUACCCGGAUACCUCCGAUUUUAUAUUCUAAUGGACUUCUUUUUUUUCCGUAUUUAGUUAAAAUACGAGAAGUAUUCACAGUUGAAAAUCGCUUGUUUAUUGCUCAUUUUGCAAAAUAAUAUUUCUUUACACAUUUAUGGAAUUCAGAAUCUUAAGAUCGAAUGAAAUGACGUACAGUAUGGAUAUGCUGAAAACAGAAACAUACUGUACCAUCUUACUGAUGAUUGCUUAAUUAAUCACUGUUUUUGUCUUCUAAAAAUUUCAAAAAAAAUCAAAAUAGAGAAGGGACCGGUGUAUGUCGAAAAGCGUAAUCGGUGAAAGGAUCCCUAAGGAGAAACAUUGAUAUAAAUGCUUAUAAGGUGCUGGAGUCCUUUGCCAUUUCUUUAAAAUGAGUCGAAAGCGAUGAAAAAAAUGUAUCAAGAUCGAUAAACAUGUAAUUAUUUAUAAUAAAAUCCAUGGGAUUCUUGUACA